AUGGUAGCGCCCAGCCUCAGCAGCAGCAGCAAGCGCCCGCUGGCGUCCGGAGGGCUGUGCAGGAGGCCACAGGCAGGUGGGAUGGGAUCUUCCCAGGAUGAGGACUCUCUGGGGACAGGGACUUGCUCCCCAAUAUCUUCCCUGCAUGAAUGCCACCAGGAUGAGCUGGGGCUGAGGUCUGUAAGCAGCUUCUCUUCCACCACCAUCAGCUCCUUCUUGAGUGAGGACCUGGGGCUGAGAAAAGGACCAGUCGUGAUCGAUAUGGGCACAAGGAGCUGCAGAGCAGGAUUUUCUGGACAUCAGACACCCAGUGCCGAAAUCAGCACCCUGGUGAGCCACACCACGGUGUGGUCCGAGGGCCUGGAAGAAACCAGAUCUGAGGCUUUUACUGGGGAGGAAGCCUUGCUUUACCCAGACACUGAAAUCAUUGAGGUGAUGCAGAAUGGCAUCAUCAUCAACUGGGAGGCAGCUGAAACCCUGUGGCAGCACAUGUUCGAGCACAAGCUUGGGGUGCCCCCUGAGGAGCACGCGCUGCUCAUCACGGAGCCCCCACUCAGCCCCACCCGUGGACGGGAAAACGUGGCAGAGGUGGCCUUUGAGUCACUGGGCUCCCCUGGCAUCUUCAUGGCCCCUCAGCCCAUCCUUUCCACCUAUGCCCAUGGCAGAACCAGCGCCUUGGUGGUGGACAUCGGCCACGUCGUCGCCCACGCUGUGCCAGUCCACGAUGGGAACUGCUUGGCUUAUGCCACCAAGAGGACGGACGUGGCAGGGUCAUGCCUCACCUGGUACCUGACAAUGCUUCUGGGGGACAUGGAGCACACUCUUGGCGAUUGGAUGUCCCCCGUGGUGGAAGACGUCAAGCAUACAUGCUGCUAUGUCGCUUUCGACCCCGGUAAUGAGUGCCUCCUCCCACCCACCAGCUGCACUCUGGAUUUUACCCUGCCCGAUGGCCAGACCAUCAGCCUCGGCAAGGAGAGGUUUCAGUGCCCAGAGGUGCUCUUCAACCCCCUACCGACUUGGGGGGAUUCCUACAUGGGCAUCCACGAGAUGGCCCAGAGAAGCCUCGACCUGCUUCCGGAGGACAUCAGGUCAGUGAUGCACAGAAACAUCCUCCUGUGUGGAGGGUCCUCGCUGUUUGAGGGGCUGCCGAGGAGGCUUGGCAGUGAGCUGGCUCAGUGCCUACCCCCCGGCACUGAGGUGGAGGUGGUGGCUGUGCCGGGACGGAGGCACGCAGCCUGGAUGGGGGGCUCUGUCCUUGCCUCCCUCACGAACUUCCAGUCGUGCUGGAUCCGCAGGGACGAGUACUACGAAGAGGGGCCAUGCAUCGUCCACCAGAAGUGCUUCUGA